CGGAAGCAUUUUAUGGGAGCUUUUAUUUUGAAGGGACAGCGUGUUUCCAGCGUCGGUAGCUUCAUUGAGGAAAUACCGCGAAGACCUCAGGCGACCUGGCUGUGUCGGGACUGAGCUUUAUGUCGCUGAGCAGACAGGCAGGAGCUGUUUGACUGUUUAAGUUUCCCUUCUCUCUUCUGUGAGCCGUUUUGUGACCGCCUGUAAAUCUGUCCUGAAUAUUUGGAUACAAAAAAAGUCCCGAAAUUAAUUAAAAAAUGGACCCACAAGUUGACGGUCAGCAAACAGAAAACAGCGCUCCAGCUGAAUCAACAGGUUCUCCCCGGAGGAUGACAAGAAAGCAGACUCUACACACCUUAAUAUCAAUGGCGUCUGUAAACUUCAGUUCAAUGAUUUGCUACUCAAUAUUAGGUCCAUUUUUCCCCAGUGAGGCGGAAAAGAAGGAUGCCAGUCAAACUGUCAUCGGUCUUAUAUUUGGCUGCUAUGCUGUCUGCAAUUUAAUUGGCUCGUUGGUACUGGGAAAAUAUAUUGUCCAAAUUGGUGCUAAAUUCAUGCUUAUUAUGGGGCUUUUUGUGUCAUCAUGCUGUACCAUUCUGUUCGGGUUACUCAACCAGGUUCCUGCAGGAGCCGCUUUUAUCACUCUGUGCUUUAUAGUGAGGUCCAUAGACGCUAUAGGCUUUGCUGCUGCGAUUACCUCCUCGUUUGCCAUGACAGCAAAAAUAUUCCCAGACAAUGUGGCGACUGUUUUGGGUAGUUUGGAGAUUUUCACCGGACUUGGUCUCAUUGUGGGGCCGCCGGUCGGAGGGUGGUUCUACCAAUCAUUUGGAUACGAAGUCCCUUUUAUGCUUCUUGGAUGUUUACUAUUGGUUAUGGUUCCUUUCAACAUAUACGUCUUGCCAAACAUUGAGUCAGACCCUUCCAAGGAUUCGUUUAUCCGACUGCUCACCAAAGGGAAAAUCAUCCUGAUCUGCUUUGUGAUAUUCACUCUAAGUUCGGGUCUGGGCUUCUUGGAUGCCACGCUGUCCCUUUUUGCCAUAAAGACGUUUGGUCUCAAAACUGGCUACGUGGGACUCAUCAUGCUCGGUUUGUCGCUGCCGUACUGUCUGGCGUCACCGCUGAUGGGUUAUAUCACUGAUAAAUAUCCUUCCAUCAGGCCUUGGUUCAUGGUGAUAGGAGGCAUCGCCACAGCAGCCAGCUUCUGUCUGCUUGGUCCCGUCCCUUUCCUUCACAUCAAGAGUCAGCUGUGGUUGCUGAUCCUCAUGCUUGGUGUAAUUGGGUUUUCUCUGGGUAUGACUGCAAUCCCCACGUUUCCUGAGAUCAUCACAUGUACACAAGAACUAGGAUACGAAGAGGGGCUCAGCACUCUUGGGAUGGUCUCUGGGCUGUUUGGGGCAUUUUGGUCCUUGGGGAUGUUUUAUGGCCCGACAGUGGGCGGCCUUAUCACGCAACAUCUGAACUUUGAGUGGGCAGCAGCAGUCCAAGGAGGCUUGACAUUUUUGGCUGCCUUCCUCCUCGGUCUGCAUUACCUCUGUCAUCGACCACAGCAACGAAGUCUUCGAGAAGACAGCAAACGACCAGAUGAAAGCACUCCUCUCCUGACCGAAUGAAGCAACGUGUGGAUGGACGCCACACCGAAAAACAAGGUCUUAAAGGGAUAGUUUGGAUUUCUUGCAGUGGUAUUGUAUGGGGUACUUAUCAAUAGACAGGAUAUUACAAUUUUACAAACUACAAAAGUCACUGAAUUUCACAAUGAUGUUUUCCAGGCCUGGAAAAGUUAUGGGAUAAGGAAAAAAUCACUGAAAGUUUUGGAAUAGUUAUUGAAUUAUU